AUGGAGAAUUAAUUAAUUGCUUUCGUGGGUGAUCCUGCAGUUGGGAAGACUUCAAUUAUUAAAUAUUUAAAGGGUCUGGAAUUUGAAGAGGAUUACAGUCCAACUGAAUAGAUAGAGAGCACAGAUGUUACAAUUCAAAAUAAUGAAACUAUAACUAUUUAUGAUACGCCAGGGAAUACAGCAGAAAGAAAAUAAGUGAUUGAAAUACUAAAGAGUGUUCAAAUAGUGUUUGUAUGCUUUGAUGUUGAAAAUAUUGAUUCAUUUGAUUCAACAUUGUAAUGGUUAGAUGACAUCAAAAAAUAAAUAAAUAAUUCAAUGCAAGUUUGUCUUGUAGCUUGUAAAAUUGAUUCUGAUAACAGACAAAUUUCUUAAGAGCAAGCAUUUGAAUUUAUUAAUGAUUAUCCAAAUGUUGAAUAUUUGGAAAUUAGUGUAAAGACGGGUGAAAAUAUGGAUAUGCUCAUUGAUGUAACUAAAAUUCAUUAUUCAUCAGAAAAUACCAAUAACAACACCUGAAGGGGAAGGAGACCUAUAAUAAUCUUACAGAACUCAACAAUCAAAUAAAUAAUCUGAAAAACCUGCUCCUAGUCCUGAAAGAUAAUCAUAGACAUAUAAGUCUUAAUCAAGCAUGUUGAAUAAGGAGGAACCUCUUUGGAAGGUCUAUGACUUUUUAUUUCCAACUGGGAGAGUUGCUAAACUAGUUAAGAUAUCAGAUGUCAAUGCUAAAAAUCUAUCCAUUUAAGACAUACUAUUUAAAUUGCAGUUAAACUAGAGUUAUCCGGUUGUAAAUUUAAUUGGCGCAAAGGAAACAAAUAAGGGUAAAUUCUAUGCAGGAAUUGCAAGGGCAUGCUUUAAUACAGUAUUCAAUUGGUCUAAUUGAAUUUAGGAUGCUGUAAUAGUAGACAGUGGAAUUUCAACAGGAAUUGAAAAAUAUGUGAUUAGAAGAGGAGUCAAAUUGAUUGGAGUCGCUCCAGAACAAGAAGUCAAAUAUCCAAAUUAAAAUACUGGGUUUAUAGACCCCUUUGAGAUUAGUAAUGGACAUACUCAUAUAUUUCUUUUAAGUAAUCUUUAAUAAUAAUUGCAAUAUAGAUAAUAAGGAGAAAAUGAUGGUAUUUGGAUUGGAAGGGGUUUUUAAGAUUAAUUUGUGUAAAAAGUAAAAAUAAUUAUUAUAAUUUAGAUUGGCUGAAGGUAGAUUAGCCAAAAAUGGUUAAAGAGAAAGUUUGAAGGUUGUUCACAUACUUUUAGGAGAAUAGGAAGGAUUUUUAAAUGAAUUACAAUAAGCAGUAAUGGCUAAUCAUCCAAUUAUAGUGAUAAAGGGGUCUCCUUUAUGUGAUUAAUACUUUUAAAAUUAUAAUAAUCCUCAUGCAAAUUAUUCAAAUGCAAGUAAUUAUAUUCUCUUAUAUAAAAUAGGUUUUGGAUAAUUAGUAAGGAAAGGACACUUUUAUGGACUAAACAGAUUAGAUUCAGAAGAUAUUGCCCAGUAUGUCCAUUUCUUUUUGACUGUGACUCCAUAUAAUUGA